AUGUCUGACCUUAUUUCCCUUCUUAUCGUCGGUGUCGACUUCGGCUGGAGUGAAGUUAAUCUCAUCGAAAAGAUCGACGUUCCUAAGAUCCGCGCGUCAGUGCUGAAAGGCAUUGAAGAUCUGAAGAACACAUCUGGUAUCGAAUGCGACGUUUACUUCGUCGUUCCUGAUAAAGAGACCCUCUUCGAUGAGUCUUCGAUCAAGCUCCGAGCAGGCCAUGAUGGAAAGCCAUGGACAGCAGUGAUAGUGGGUUGA